UCUCUUCAAACCUGCAAACUGAUCACGUGAAUGCAGCGCUGUUAGCAUAGCAACAACUGAUGCUUCCUCCCACAGAGCCUGAAGGUCUUUACAAGAUCCAACUAGUUGCGUUCAAUGGAAACGGCGAGAGCAGAUCCACCAGCCGUCUGGUGUCCCUGUCUGAGGUCGGAGCCUCCGAAGCUGCUGCAACCUGUAACUGUGACCAGUCCAGUAACUCCACCUCCGCCUUGCUGGUUGGAGUCCACAGCGGACUCGCCUGCAUCCUCUGCUUCCUUCUCUUCAUCCUGCUGGGUUACAGACGGAGCUUCUUCUGCAAAAAAACAUGGGCAGCCCCGCCCACCAUGAAUGGAGCCAGAGGCUCAAAAGGUGUGGUUACCUUUGUCCCUCAGGUGCUGCUGGUGGAUGUGCAGCAGGAUGCGACUGUAGCAGCAGCUCAUCACCAGCAGGGGGACAACGUACAGAGUGACGAAGUGGAACAUGUUGUAAACCGUUUCCUGCCAGCGGUGACUGAAGCUGCC